AUGAGCGACUCCACCGACGACGUCCAGCAAGACACCACAUGCCCCAACGCCAACACAUCAACAAACCCACCAAACACAUCAGGGCGUCCACAAUCUGCGGGAACAGCAUCAGAUGACCACGACUCGCUCAAGUACCAUCUCCUGGGUCCUUCGCUUACCAAGGCUGGUCAAGACACUGUGGACCAGCAAAAGGUCUCUGAAAUCAUCUACAAUGCAUCCAAGGGCUCCAAGUUCUUCAACAACGAGGAGACCAAGGAUAAAAACCUCUCGGAAAAGAUCAACAGAAUCUUGGCCAAGAGACGCGAGUUGGAAAAGAUGGACCUGACGUCUGAUCUGCGGCGAGCAGACGACUACAUUGCUGAGCUGGAACUCACCCGAGAUCUGUCUCAGGUGGUGGUUCAUCUGGAUUGCGAUGCUUUUUAUGCGGCAGUCGAAGAGUUAGACCGACCUGAGCUAAAGGAGGUGCCCAUGGCCGUUGGCAAAGGUGUCUUGACGACAUGCAACUACCAUGCGAGGAAGUUUGGCUGUCGUUCAGGCAUGGCUGGCUUUGUGGCUAUGAAGCUUUGCCCACAGCUCAUCUGCGUACCUAUGAAUGUUGCAAAAUACAUGGCUAAAGCAGAGGAAGUACGAGAAGUACUAGCACGCUACGAUCCAGGCUUUGAAAGCGCAAGUUGCGACGAAGCCUACUUGAAUCUUACACAAUACUGUAAAGAGCACCACAUGAGUCCAGAAGAUGUCGUCAGUCAGCUGCGGGCCGACGUAUUCGAAAGAGCGAAAAUCACAGUGUCGGCAGGCAUUGCAGCAAAUGCGAAGCUCGCCAAAAUUGGCUCAAAUAAGAACAAGCCAAAUGGACAGUUCUACCUCCCAAGUGAUAGACAGACCAUCAUGGAUUUCAUGAAGACGAUGCCUACACGCAAGGUCAACGGCAUCGGUCGUGUCUUUGAGCGAGAGCUAGAUGCAAUUGGCGUGAAAACAUGUGGAGACAUCUAUGCGCAUCGAGCCUACUUGGCCAAAUUGUUUGGGCAAAAGGCCUUCCAGUUCCUAAUGCAAUGCUAUCUAGGCCUCGGUCGCACCAAGAUUCAACGAGCAGACGAGUCCCACCGCAAGAGUGUAGGCACCGAAACCACGUUUCGGGAACUACAGUCUCCUGACGACUUACGAGGCAAGCUACGCCAUGUUGCCGAAGAGCUAGAAGGUGAUCUUAAACGCACCGAAUACAAAGGCCGCACCCUGUGCAUCAAGAUCAAACUGCACACCUACGAAGUGCACACGCGUCAAAUCACGCCGCCCUUUGCCGUCCACAAAGCAGAUGAUUUAUACAAGUACAGUCUCCCCAUGUUAGAGAAGUUCAUGAGCGAAAUACCAAACAUGAAACUACGCCUCAUGGGCCUGCGCGUCACCCACAUCAUCAGCACGAAAAAACCCGGCAUCGACUUCUUCGGCCGCAUCCGACCUCCCACGGCCCCUAAACCCAGCACAACCUCCAAGUCCGACGACUCGUGGGAAACCUGGCCCGAAGAGGAAUUCGAAGAAGCCGCCCGCCAGGAACGCAACGACGAGAUGAACGAGCUGGAAAAACUCUCCCAAGAGCUAGAUCCAGAGCACAUCCACCGCAUCGCCAAAGAACCGCUCACAGCUCCCCGAGUCCCGGAAAUACCCAGCGAGCAGCAGGCGCAGUGGCAGUGCCCCAUAUGCAUGCUCCCGCAACCCCCCGACGACGCCUCGUUCAACGCGCACAUUGACUUUUGCCUCUCUAAGCAGACGAUCAAGGAAGCGGUCAAGGAGACUGCGCCGCCGUCGGUGGUGCUGGAGAAGCAGCCCGGCGUGCAAAAGACGGCGAAGAAGGGGAAACGGGGCAGACCGAGGAAUGAGACGGUGUCUUUGGAUCAACAGGCUAGGGAGAAGAGAAGGGCUUUCUUUUCUCUGGGAAACGGGGGUUGA